AUGGGACACUGGGUGGGAUAUGGGAAACGGGAGCACCAGGUGGGAUAUGGGAAACGGGAGCACUGGGUGGGAUAUGGGAAAUGGGAGCACCCGGUGGGAUAUGGGAAAUGGGAGCACCUGGUGGGAUAUGGGAAACGGGAGCACCAGGUGGGAUAUGGGAAACGGGAGCACUGGGUGGGAUAUGGGAAAUGGGAGCACCCGGUGGGAUAUGGGAAAUGGGAGCACCUGGUGGGAUAUGGGGAAUGGGAGCACCUGGUGGGAUAUGGGAAAUGGGAGCACCUGGUGGGAUAUGGGAAACGGGAGCACCGCGUGGGAUAUGGGAAACGGGAGCACCGCGUGGGAUAUGGGAAACGGGAGCACCGGGUGGGAUAUGGGAAACGGGAGCACCGCGUGGGAUAUGGGAAAUGGGAGCACCUGGUGGGAUAUGGGAAACGGGAGCACCGCGUGGGAUAUGGGAAACGGGAGCACCGGGUGGGAUAUGGGAAAUGGGACACUGGGUGGGAUAUGGGAAACGGGAGCACCGCGUGGGAUAUGGGAAACGGGAGCACCGGGUUUCCUCACCCCUACCCGCUCCGGGUUCCCUCAGCCCUACCCGCUCCGGGUUCCCUCACUCCUCCCUGCUCCAGGUUUCCUCACUCCUCCCUGCUCCAGGUUUCCUCACCCCUACCCGCUCCGGGUUCCCUCAGCCCUACCCGCUCCGGGUUCCCUCACUCCUACCCGCUCCAGGUUUCCUCACUCCUCCCUGCUCCAGGUUUCCUCACCCCUACCCGCUCCAGGUUUCCUCACUCCUCCCCGCUCCAGGUUUCCUCACCCCUACCCGCUCCGGGUUCCCUCACUCCUCCCUACUCCAGGUUUCCUCACCCCUACCCGCUCCAGGUUCCCUCACACCUACCCGCUCCAGGUUUCCUCACUCCUCCCUGCUCCAGGUUUCCUCACCCCUACCCGCUCCGGGUUCCCUCACUCCUCCCUACUCCAGGUUUCCUCACUCCUCCCUGCACCAGGUUUCCUCACCCCUACCCGCUCCGGGUUCCCUCACUCCUCCCUACUCCAGGUUUCCUCACCCCUACCCGCUCCAGGUUCCCUCACUCCUACCCGCUCCAGGUUUCCUCACUCCUCCCUGCUCCAGGUUUCCUCACCCCUACCCGCUCCGGGUUCCCUCACUCCUCCCUACUCCGGGUUUCCUCACUCCUCCCUGCUCCAGGUUUCCUCACCCCUACCCGCUCCGGGUUCCCUCACUCCUACCCGCUCCGGGUUCCCUCACUCCUACCCGCUCCAGGUUCCCUCACUCCUCCCUGCUCCAGGUUUCCUCACCCCUACCCGCUCCGGGUUCCCUCACUCCUCCCUACUCCGGGUUUCCUCACUCCUCCCUGCUCCAGGUUUCCUCACCCCUACCCGCUCCGGGUUCCCUCACUCCUCCCUACUCCAGGUUCCCUCACUCCUCCCUGCUCCAGGUUUCCUCACCCCUACCCGCUCCGGGUUCCCUCACUCCUACCCGCUCCGGGUUCCCUCACUCCUACCCGCUCCGGGUUCCCUCACUCCUACCCGCUCCGGGUUCCCUCACUCCUCCCUGCUCCAGGUUUCCUCACUCCUACCCGCUCCGGGUUCCCUCACUCCUCCCUACUCCGGGUUCCCUCACUCCUACCCGCUCCAGGUUUCCUCACCCCUACCCGCUCCGGGUUCCCUCACUCCUCCCUACUCCAGGUUCCCUCACUCCUCCCUGCUCCAGGUUUCCUCACCCCUACCCGCUCCGGGUUCCCUCACUCCUACCCGCUCCGGGUUCCCUCACUCCUCCCUGCUCCAGGUUUCCUCACCCCUACCCGCUCCGGGUUCCCUCACUCCUACCCGCUCCGGGUUCCCUCACUCCUCCCUGCUCCAGGUUUCCUCAGCCCUACCCGCUCCAGGUUCCCUCACUCCUCCCUGCUCCAGGUUUCAAACAACACACGAAGGCGCCGGGGGAACUCCGGGUCAGGCAGCGACGCUUCGGGCCGGGCGGGCCGCUUCAUGCUGAUCCCGGCGUCUGCGGCCUCUGACAGCUCCCGCCUCGGAACCACCUGUCAGACUGGACCCCAGCGACGCUGA